UUGUGUCAUGUGUGCGUAAUUAUUUAUUUAGUCUUGUUUUAAUAUUGUUUUGUAACUAAAAUACACUAGGUUACAGUAAAAACAAUCGAGCUAACACUGAAAAUGUAUUAUCCGUACCAUGGAAAUGAAUACACAAAGCCAGAUCAUUGACUUCUUUUCGUUCUUUGAGGAAUUCCAUAACGUUUCUAAAACGUGUUUGAAAGAUUGCCAAAAGUGCGCAGUUACUAUAAAUAAGCUAAUUUAUCGGUGUAAAAACAUUAGAGAUGCCGAGGUGACACAGACGCCAUUGGAAGAAUUCGAUGGCCUCCAGGGAAAAUUGUGCGCGGCUUUACAUAACCUUAUAACUGAGGAAAUACAUGAACUUAAACGCAAUUUGUGCACCAUAGAAGAUUUAUUUGAUAAACUAUGCAACAAACACAAAGUCUUCCAUCAGAGUUGUGAAGAAGUAGAUUAUACAGAACAGAGUAAACUUAUCAAAGGAUCCCCUCUUCAGCCUCCAUUGCAGCAACUUCUUGAGUUUGCGGAUGAAGCACUGACCUUCGGAAGUCAUGUUUGCGCUCAGAUAGAAACCUCUAUAAGUGUUCUUACAUUUAAAGGCUUGAAAUCGGAUUCUUUAGUUGAAAAUUUUAAAGUUGCUACUGAGUGGAGCAGACGCAUACCAGAAAUUAUAGCUUACACCUCAUUCUGCGCUGAAAACUAACCAUGGACUUACUAGGUUCAAUAUUAAAUUCCAUGCAAAAGCCACCUUCGGCGAGUGAAGCACAGAAAAAUGCUGCCAAAAAGCAAAAAGAGGCUCUUGAGCGCAAGCAGAAAGAGGAAAAAAACAUGUUAAAUAGAUUUAGAAAGAGAGUUGAAGAUAAAAUAAGUGAUUUUGUUAAAGAUGGGUCCAAACCACACUUAGCAUUUGAACCAAUGGAUCAAACAUACAGAGCAAUAAUUAGAGAUGUUGCUGAAAUUGCCGGUCUUCAAGUAUUUUCCUUUGGGCAAGAUGGAAUUGAUAGAUAUUCAGUAAUUUAUAACAAAGAACGCCCACCAUCUGAAGAUGAGUUGACGGUACGGAGAGCCGGUAGCAUUUGGGAUGAAGAGAAAGCAGCUGAAAUGGCUAAAGAACGUAUUGAUAGACAAAAACUGGCCGCUUUAGAGUCAGAGGAAGAAAAAAAUAGAAAGCGCAAGCGUGGCACAGAGGAACUUAGCGGUACAUUUUAUAAACAAAAGUAUGCUCAUUUAAUCGGUGAAAAUGCAGCUUUAGGAGCUGCUCAAAAGACAAAUAUGAAUAAAAGUUACGGAGAAGUUCCAAGUGAGAAUAAAAAGGAUCAGCGCUCUAUAGAGCAGACCAUGGCAGAUAUUAGGGCUAAGAAGAUGAGAAAGGCAGAGGCUGAGGCAAAUGAAGACCAAGCCGAGCCUAUUUAGCCUAGAAAUUAUUAGACGAGGUCAAAAAUAUGCAAUAUUUAACAACUUUUGGACUAUGCCUCUUAGAAUAGUUGCGUGUAUUGUUUUUUCUCUCUCUAUCUCAUUGUACUAUAUUGUAUGAAACAACGCAUCAUUUCAUCUUUCACUUGAACACAUAUUUUAAAUCAUUAAGUUUAUACUGUCUGGUUGGCCUUCUUGGUGAUAGGCCUUCUGAACUAUGUGUUAAGUACCUACAGUCAAUAUCAAAUAGAUAGUGACUGCCAAAGUGACCCUUAUUAUAUUUGUCAAGUCAAGUCAAGUCAAGUCAUUAUAAUCUUUAUUCAAAUAGGCCUAGCAACAAGCACUUUUAAAUUGAAUACCAUAUGAAAUACCAUUGAAACAGAUCCUUAUUUCUAUGGUAACAAAAGCAUUUUUUAUACUUGUUGACUGUAAUGGUUGAAUUAAGAUUUCGUAUACCAAACUAUAAUUGCGAACUUUUCAUGUAUGGGCUCCCAACUCAACUAUAAUAUUCAUUUCGAUAUUGCAUAUCGAAUUCAUUUUCAGAGGUAGUCAACCUCUGAAAAUGAAAUCCAAAGUAACGACUCUCCCGAAGAAUUUGGUACACCUGUCCUAUCUAUGUCGUGCGCGCAUUUUCACAUUGUUGUCCCACUCUCACAGUGUCAUUGACCGCCGGCAUCAUGGGCGGGACAGCUUUAUAAUUGUGCGCGUGCGAUGAAAUAAUAACAUAAUUAAAAGUGUACCAUUUACUUUUUUUCGAAAAUCCUACAACUUUUGGGUUAUUACUCAGAAUCAUGAGGACUAUCGAUUUAAAAGGAAAAAAUAUGUCCCCAACAAUUGUCAGUUUUGUAACGCAUUUUCGCAUACAUUUUGUAUGGACCGUUCCAAAACUGACAUCCAAAAUUUGUAUGAAAAACUGGAGACACUUUUUCUUUGUCUCAUUCAAUAGUACUCGUGUUUCUGAGUCAAAUAACCCAAAAGUUGAUGGUUAUUCGAAAAAAAGUAAAUGGUACCAUUUUUUCUAAAAAUCCCCAUAUACGAAAUUAUUCGUGCUUAGAGUCCUUACUUUAGUUACUAGAUUGUAUUCAAAAUAACCGUAAGGCUGUGGUAAAUGCAGAUAAUAGAAAGCUAAUUAGCAACAACCAUAUCUAGGGCUUGGUGCUCAUUUUGACAAAGUAAUUAUCCAAUACUACUAGUAUUUAGAAGUAAUCAUAAGUGAGUAGAUAGACUUUAGAUAACUUAUAAACAAUAAUUGUCCAUAUUCCAUCAAAUAUCUUUUCAGAAAAAAAUUCAGGUGUCUUUCUAAAAUUCAGAAAAAAAUUGUUUUUAUUUAAUACUUUUAAUUUACAAAACGAAAUUGUAACCUAUUUUAUAGGGUUCCGUACCCCUCCGCUGUCUGUCACCAGGCUGUAUCUCAUGAGCCGUGAUAGCUAGACUCUCUCUUUGCCUAGCCACGUCCCAUUUCAUUUGGGGUCGGCUCUCCUCGUCAAUCUUCGCCACACUCUUCGGUUCUGGGUCGUCGUGUCGUUGAUUUGGGCUUUCUUUAGGUCAUUGUUGAUGACAGACAUCCAAGUUUGAAGGGGUCUACCGGGAUUCUUCGGACCGGUGUUUAUACUGAGGACCUUUCUGGUCAUAUGAUCCUCGGGUCUCCUCAUUACGUGUCCAUACCACCUUAGACGGGUUUCAGCGAGUUUCUCCUCAAUGGGUCUGACUUUAAAACUGCCACGGAUGAACUCAUUUUUGACCCUGUCUAACAAGGUGACACCUCCCGCCCAUCUCAGCAUCUUCAUCUCCGUCGUAUGCACUUUAGUGGUAUGGACUUUUUUCACUGGCCAGCAUUCAGCACCGUAUGUAAGGGCGGGGCGCACAGCCGUUUUAUAUAUUUUUCCCUUUAUGCGCACUGGCAUUCUGUUGUCACAUAGUACGCUCGAUAAUUCUCGCCACUUCAUCCAGCCAGUGUUAAUUCGGUGGGUUAUAUCAGCGUCGAUUGUUCCGUCGUUUGAAACAACAGAUCCCAGGUAUUUAAAAAUGGAGCCGUGAUAGCUAGACAGUUGAAAUUUUCACAGACGAUGUAUUUCUGUUGCCCCUACAACAACAAAUACUAAAAAAUACGGAACUCUCGGUCUCGGCGAGUCCGACUCGCACUUGUCCGGUUUUUUUUUCUUUGUGUGCAUUUUGAACGGAGACAUAGGAGUAUGUUUCCUUUUGUUCAAAGCAUAAGUACUGCCGAUUCUGGGUCAAAGCAAAGAUCCAUUUUAUUGUGUAAGAUGUGGAAAUUGACAGCUGAACCAGAUGGCGCUGUACGGCUCCGUACAUUGCAGUAUGGAUGGUAUAGAAAGGAUCGCAAUCUCUUAUGGCAGAAUUGUUGUAAAAGUGACCGCGUUAAGCUUUAAAUAAUAGUUCCUAAUCUCUCCGGUGGCGCUAGUUAGGCUCUGGGACAUGAGUAUAACAUGAACCAUAUAAGGCAACAAAUAACCCGACCAAAUUACGUAGGUUGUUUUUGGUAGUAUUUCGGUGUAUGGUGGCGCCGCCUAAUUACUGUUUUUUGAUGGACACUUUUCAUACAUAGAGAUUUGGCUCCUUUAUACAGUCUCCAUGCAUUGCAGUAACUGUUUGUCAAAAGUUGUCGUUUGACAAUUCGGUGACCACAAAACAUCCCUCAGUACAGCGCCAUCUGGUUUGGCUGUCAAAUUAGGAGGCAAGUUUUUAUCUUAGACUUUAUUACAACCAAUUACUUUUUGGUAGAAGCAUAGAGAAAUAAGUAAGCAUAAGAGUGAUCAAUGGAGUGAGCAGUGCUCAGUUCUGUUACCAAAAUGCUCAUU